CUGUAGUUCCCCCGCCCGCCCCGGCCAUGCAGGUCCCGGCGGCCGCGGAGCGCAACAAGGGCCCGAUCCUGGCGGUGCUGCGGGAGUUCGCGGGGGGCGGCGCGGGCGCGGGGCCGGCCGCGCUGCGGGUGCUGGAGGUGGGCGCGGGCGCGGGGCUCCACGCCGCGCACUUCGCGCGGGCCCUGCCGCAGACGCGCUGGCAGCCCUCGGACAUCGACCCCAGGGCGCUGCGCAGCAUCGCUGCCUACGUGGAGGCCGCAGGGGUGCCCAACCUGCUGCCCCCCAUCCUGCUGGACGUGUCACAGGGCUGGGAGACCUGGGGGGGCACCCAGCCCGCCACCCUCGACCUCCUCGUCAGCAUCAACAUGAUGCACAUCGCAGAGCUGCGGUGCACCGAGGGCCUGUUCAAGGGUGCCGGGGUGCUGCUGAAGCCCGGAGGUGUGCUCUUCACCUAUGGGCAGUCCAUGGAACUGGGGCUGGGGUGCACAGGGUGGCUCCUGCCUGCAGCUCCAGCUGUGUCCCGCCAGCCCUAUGCCGUGGACGGCCAGAUCAGCCCCCAGAGCAACGUGGACUUCGACCACAGCCUGAGGCAGAGCAAUCCCGCCUGGGGGCUGCGGGACACGGCGCUGCUGCGGGAGCUGGCUGAGGCCAACGGGCUGCGCCUGGAGAGGAUGGUGGACAUGCCGGCCAACAACAAGAGCCUGAUCUUCCGCAAGCUGUAACCUGCCCUGACAGCACUUCCAGCACCUCCCAGCACUGCUGUCCCCACUGAUGCCUCCUGCAGGGUGUCACUGUCCCACCAUGGCUGCCACUGGGGCUGGGGACAGCAGUGAUGGGACAGAGCCCCACUCACCCCAGCUGGGGCUGACUUGGCUGGAGGGGGGGUCCAUCUCCCCUAGUGCCUUUGGAGCUCCUUUGCAGUGGGGUGCCCCAGCCUGGACCACAAGAGCCAGCACAGCUGCCGUGGGGGGCACAGGUGGGGGGGGGGACACAACACCCGUGGGCAUGGGGGAGACUCCUUGCUCCAUUUCCUUGGAGGAUCCUGUGCUGAUGGUGUCUCCCUUCCCCCCACUCCCCAGAAUUGUGCUGCUGACCCCAAAUAAAUUCUGUGGCUUUGCCCCCCAUG